UAGCAAAAAUGGUCUAGGUUUAAUUAACAAAUUCCAAACUUUAGUCAGAGAAGAGUGAUUGAGUCGGCAGCCAACAAGCAAAAGAUGAGCAGUCGGCGAGGGCCACCGAAGCACCAAAAUCGCUACGCCUGGAAACCAAACGCCGGUGUAAAAAUCAACGAGAAGGAAGUUGGAGGGAAGCUAAGGCCUUACUCUGAUAUAACUGGAGUUUGCCCUCGAUGCAAAGAACAAAUCGAUUGGAAGCGUCGUUAUGGCAAAUAUAAACCCUUAACGGAGCCUGCAAAAUGUCAGCUUUGCUCCAAACGUAAUGUGCGUCAAGCCUAUCAUAAUCUUUGUUCUGGAUGUGCUAAGGAACAAAAAGUGUGUGCUAAGUGUCGAUGUCGUGUUGAUCAAAUAAUUGGGAGGGAUUCUGCAGAGGUUGAAGAAGAGCAAAGAUGCUUGAAGAGGCAAUUAAAAAUGCUCGAGAGAGGGAUAGAAGAACAUUGUUACGUGCUAUGAAUCAAAGUAGCUCCAAACGUUCAUCAAAAAACACAGCCAACAAAGAAAAUGGUAGGGUCGGUGAAAUUUUCCUUCUACAUCACUUGAGGAAUAUGCCAAGCUAGGAAGAAAAGAUGAUGGAAUCAUGAUGAUCAAUACAACUCUGAGAAGGAUUGCAUUAGUGACCAUGAUGAUGAUGAAAAUGAUGAUCAAGAUGACAACAAAAACAAUGUUUGUGAUGAUGAUGAAAAUGAUGAUCAAGAAGACAACAAAAACGAUGGCUGUGAUGAUGAUGAAAAUGAUGAUCAAGAUAACAAAAACGAUGGUCAUGACUAUGAUGAUGAUGAAAAUGACAGAGAACCGAGUGCAUAACUGAGAAGCCUAUGAAUAACUGGGGAAAAGGAUUCUGUGCAUACAGCAGAAUCUUUAACAUUACCUUUGCUCCAAACCGUUUUCUGCUCAGUCAUCACCAUACUAAUAAUUAAAAUUUUGGGAUAUUUGUAUUCUUGUCGCUUUUUUGUGGUCAAGUUUUGAUUGGAGCACAUGCACUUACUAGGCCUGUGUUAAGAUGCCCUUUUGGCUCAACAAGUUCUUACAAUAUUUUCAUUAGAUAUUGAAACUUCUUAGACUGUAAUUGAUUAUGAUGAUAUUGCUU